AUAGGGUGGAGAGAGGAGAGCUUAGUCCGAGAAGGCUUGGUGAAAAGUCAAGGUCUUAGGAGCCAGAUGGAUAACGCAUCAGGUUAACAUUGUGUCCAACCUGAUUAACUUCCACGUACCCCAGCGCUUAGAACAGUGCCUGGCCUCUAGUAAGCAAUUAACAAGUGCCAUGAUGAUUAUAAUUGAUACCCUACUGCCGUCUAGCUAGAAAGCUAAAAAGGAUUUCCCGUUAGUUAUAGCAGCAACCAGAUAUACUUUACGACUCUCUCGUAACUUGCAUUUGUUCAGCGCGCGCGUGAAAAGCCAGUAACGGCAGAAGCGUUUGAGAACUGCAGGGCAUUUCCCCAGCGAACAAGCUUCAGCUUUUCAGGGAACUCACAGGGGUCCCCGGAUAAGGUGUCGGGCGGUGUUUAUGCUGACGAGGGGUGGCAGCUAUUUCUAGAGUCUGGUCAGCGGCGAUAGCGGUCAGGAAAUGAAACCGGCCUUACAUAAUGUUGACUUGCAGUGCGGCUGUGCAGAUCGCGAUCAAAUGAAAAGGUCUGUGCAGAUGCAAACUUAUUCUGCGAAUGUCCUGCCGGUUUCUGUAAACAGACAUUCUUCAAAAUCGUCCCAGAAACUUCACCUUCAGAGCUAGUCGUACUAAACUGUGGUUUCACCAAAAGUCGUACGAUUCCCCUUUGCUCUAUGAAACUAUAACUGAAUUAGCAAAUUUUGGCUACUUGGGAUACACUGACCUUCUACACCCUAAGGUAAACUUAAAAAAAAAACCUCAUUCGAGUCUGCCGCGAUAUAGUACGUGGGUGUUUACAAUAAGCUUAGAAUUUGGGUCGUAUAUCAAAAUGUAAGUAUACAAUUAAAGCGGGGCUCGAGUAGACAAUUUUUCAACAUCAACACCGACAUUAAUAAAUGCGCCCACUCUCUGCUGGGCACUGAACUAGUCAUCAGGAAGCAGAGCUGUUUUCCCUGUUGUAGAGAAAUGCGAAUCUCUGCCUCGGACAGACCCAAGUGCAAUUACAUGAAAACCCAAGAGAUGCGAAUAUUCGUGAUGAACUAUACCAGUGGACAUGGAGGCAGCACCGCCCUGUGGGAAGAGCAUAAGUCAGGGAGUCGAGAGACUAGGGUUUGAAACCCAGCUCUGUCAUUGGCCUACUGCGUGACCCCGGGCAGAAGCUGAUGAAGAUUGUCGCUCUGAUACCGUAAGAGCUGAUGAAGAUGAUGAAGAUGAAAGUCCUGCUGAAGCAAAUCUUCAGGCACAGCUCCAGAUGUUCCGAGCCCAGUGGAUGUUUGAACUUACCCCAGGCGUAAGCUCUAGUGGUUUGGAAACGCGGUCGUGCAGAACGUCGGCAAGGGGGCCUCCAGGAAAGGCCGCGGAUACCAAAGGAAAGCAAGAACUAGCGAAAGAGGAGAAGGCGAGAGAACUGUUCCUGAAAGCAGUGGAACAAGAACAAAACGGAGCUCUUUAUGAAGCCAUCAAGUUUUAUCGAAGGGCCAUGCAGUUGGUACCUGACAUAGAGUUCAAGAUUACGUACGCCCGGUCUCCAGAAGGUGAUGGCGUGGGAAACAGCUAUAUUGAGGAUAAUGACGACGACAGCCAGAUGGCUGAUCUAUUGUCCUACUUCCAGCAGCAGCUGACCUUUCAGGAAUCGUUGCUCAAACUCUGUCAGCCUGAGCUGGAGACCAGCCAAACUCACAUCUCAGUGCUACCAAUGGAGGUCUUGAUGUAUAUAUUCCGAUGGGUGGUUUCCAGUGAGUUGGACCUCAGGUCAUUGGAACAGUUGUCCCUGGUCUGCAGAGGAUUCUACAUUUGUGCCAGGGACCCUGAAAUCUGGCGUUUAGCCUGCUUGAAAGUGUGGGGUAGGAGCUGUAUGAAACUUGUUCCUUACACCUCUUGGAGGGAAAUGUUUUUAGAGCGGCCCCGUGUCCGUUUUGAUGGGGUGUAUAUCAGCAAAACAACUUAUAUCCGCCAAGGAGAACAGUCUCUUGAUGGUUUUUAUAGGGCAUGGCACCAAGUGGAAUAUUACAGAUAUAUGAGAUUCUUCCCCGACGGCCAAGUGCUGAUGCUGACGACACCGGAGGAGCCUCAGUCCAUCGUUCCUCGUUUGCGAAGUAGGAGUACCAGAACUGAUGCAAUCCUGCUUGGUCAUUACCGCCUGUCCCAGGACACAGACAAUCAAACCAAAGUAUAUGCUGUGAUCACCAAGAAGAAAGAAGAAAAACCGAUGGAUUACAAGUAUCGAUUUUUUCGCCGUGUUCCCGUGCAAGAAACAGAUCACAGUUUUCACGUUGGGCUACAGUUGUGUUCCAGUGGCCGCCAGAGAUUCAACAAACUGGUCUGGAUACAUCAUUCAUGCCACAUUACGUACAAGUCUACAGGGGAGAUUGCAGUCACCGCAUUUGAAAUCGACAAGAUGUACACCCCGUUGUUCUUUGCCCGAGUGAAGAGUUUUACUGCAUUCUCAGAAAAGCCUCUUUAAAGAAACCUACAUCUCUCCUCGUCUAAUUCCUGCAUGAAUAAAAAGAAAAAGUUUAGAGUAAAAGAGCACUUAAGUUAUAAAUGUGUACAGAUUUUGAACUUGUUUUGAUUGUUGGAAUUUCUUUUGAGACAUAUAUAAACUGGUAAUCUGUUCUUUUUGAUCUGAGGGGGGAUUCAUUUGAAGGGAGUCUUGUUUUGAGAACAAGGUGACCCCUUGUUUUAAACCCAUUUUGGUUGUGGAGUUUUGCCUGUUUUAAUCAUGUCACUUCUGCAAGGACCCUUGCAAGCAUCUCCUUAGAAUGCAAACCUGUAUCUGCCUGUUUCCACAUUAUUUACAUGAGUCAGGGAAGAGCCAUGGUGGAAAACCAUUUUGCUGUUUGUAGUGACUUAGUGUAUGUGCUUCUGAGGCUCAAAUUGUGAAUCUCCGCUGAAGACCCUAAAUAAAUGUUUUCUUUCCAGAAAAUCUA